UGAGUACAGGAAUAUUUUUGAUAAAUCCACUGGAAAAAAAUGUGUAAUGUCAGAGUGAUACAAUAUAGAGACAUAAGUGGCCAAUACGGAGCAAUCGAGUAUAAUAGACUGCUACGUAUCUCGCUUAGUUGAUGUACGGAACGCUCUUCUUAGACAUUGGUCUAGCGCUUUUAUCACCCUGUCUGGCUCAGUCGGGAAAUAUCCAGUGUUCUGAAAAUUGCAAAAUUUCAUGAGGCCAUUGCCUCGGGGGAAGGCAGACUUUCUUUUGGGAAGGUACAGCGUUCUACAAUCGACUUCAACGAACAAUGAACCAUUCGGGAAGCGGAAAACGCCAGGCGAAGGUUUUGGAAGAAAAUUAUUGGGACUGUAGUGUCUGCACUUAUAGGAAUACAGCGGAAGCAUUUAAGUGCCUCAUGUGUGACGUCCGUAAGGGAACUUCUACGCGGAAACCCCGCAUAAACCCCCAAUUGGUAGCACAACAGGUUGCACAACAACAAUAUGUGCCACUCUUGAAACCAGGCAAGAAGGAAGGAAGCGGCGGCGGCGGCGGCGGCGGUGGUGGUACCGGAGGAGGUGGCAGCACAACCAGCGGCGCCAAGGAGAAGGAUCGCAGACUGGACAAGCCGAAGCGCAAAAACAGGCAUCCACCGCGGCUGAAAAAUAUUGAUCGCAGUACCGCGCAAACAAACGAGGUGACGGUGAACAAUGUUACUGUCACUAUCACGGAAUACAAGCCCAAGAUAAAGAAAGGUUCGGACCAGUCGAGUAACGCUAGCUCCGAGGGUGGCAGUCAGCAUGACUCCAAUCAGGAUUCAAGAAGCCUCGACGUGGGGACUGACGCUUAACUCAACGCUAACGUGUUACGAUAUGUGUACGAAUUAAUCUAAUGUAUUGUACGACGUAUGUCCAUCUUCUCUCUGAUCAAUCACUAUCAACAUCGAUCGAAAUGUGAAAGGACGAGGGCGAUUUGUUCAGUGUCACUUACUUGCUUGUUUCUUAUGCGUUACGGAUCAGCAAAAUGCGGAACCCAACGAGAUGAAAAAACAUUUUAUGCUAUCAACGGGGGAUAUUGUGUACCUUUUACACGAUUUAUGUGUCAUCAUUUAACAAGAAAAAAUAAUAUACAUACAUUGUAUUCAUCAUUUUAAAGCGCGCAAUGUUGAACAAUGUACGUUGCCUUUCCGCGCGACGCGUUAGCGAAGAAAUUGUACUUAAAAGCGCUUGAUUCAUGGACAUCGGUAUUGUAAUCUGUUUAAUAUUUAUUGAAUUAAUUUAAAGCGUCUCUAUCGAUGCGACGUAUUCUACGUUAGAGUUAAAAAAAAAUGAUGAGAGGCGGGAAAUUGUAUAUAUUUUUAACGCGGUUAUCUGUCUAAUGAUAUUUGAGGAGCCAUUGUUGAUGUAAUAAUGUUCUCGACUCUCAUUGAAUUUAUGAGACCACUGCCAGAAGAAGCAUGUAAUAAGACUACCAUGUAAAACUUGCUAACAAAGGCGCCACAAUGAUUAUAUAUAUACCGAGAAUAUUGUUAAUUUCGCUUAAUUAUAUUAAUUACACUAAUAAUUACCAGCGUGACUGGCACUAGUAUACACGCACAUUUCUCUCAUCUCAUCGUCUCGAUUUGCCAUUGAAGUGAAUUUCCUUUUCGCACCAUUAAAUGCUUGAAUAACGAAACGCUACCGUUUCAUUUGUUUGAGUCAUCAAUUUAUCGCGCAAUUGGAUUUUGUUACCUUCCUUACGUCCAGCUUAAUGGCGAUGUUACACGUUCACAAAUACUUGUACAGAUUGGAUGUUGUAUUUCAAAUAUGUAAUAUACAUAGACCUCUCUCAUGUAUUGAGCAUCUCCGAGCGUAACAUUUUUCAAGCAGAUAACAGUACUUCAUUUUGCCAACCAACACUAAAGUCGUAGCAUAAGGACAUGUAUAUUACAAUGUAAUAAUUACAUCAUUCUCGUUUGAAAAUGAUAUAUGUAUGCACAUAUAUAUGUAUGUGCACGUACAAGAAAUUCCUAUGGUACAUGAAGAAACUUCGAAUAAAAAGUCUUCGUUAUUUUUAUCAUAUCUAUAAUUAGCCCGAAGAAAGGCUCUUGUAACGGCGAACUCUCAUUACAUAUGUAUCAAUGUUAAAAUUACACUGCAGUUGCAAGGACCAUCACAAAGAUUCUCAUAAAGUAAUUCCAUUACUCGUAAAACUCGUAUUAAUUAGAAAGACAAAAGUGCUAUAAGAGGUGAAAUGAGAGAUGAAAUGUUGAUAUCGCGUCCGGAUGAUCGUACGCCGUCGCGAGCACUGUAAUACGAUUCUGCAUUAAGAACUGAAAGUAACUAUACUCUCCGACUUUUAUCCAGUAUCAGAUUGAAAUAGAUAAUCGAUAGGUAAAAAGAAAAAAAUCGAAGAUUGCGUGUAUACGAGAAAUAUGAAUAUAUAUCAUAAGACGCAUUUUAAAAGGGAUCCUCACGACUGCCUCCGGAUCUGUUUUAAACCAUUGAUACGUUGCAUUUCUCCUAAUCGAACACUCAAAGUCAUCGAACACUCGUAGCUUUUACAAACGAGUUUGUAAUCAAUAAAUAUAACCAGGUAACCACUUU